GACAAGAUAGAUACCAAAGAAUUGGGUAUAUCUUCGUGCAUCCUGCUUGGGGUGAAAAAACAACAAAGACAGGAAGUGAGAUUAGAGUAAUGACCGAAAAAAAGAAUCUUGAAAUACAACAAAUACUUGAAACUGAGCUUGUCUUUCUUUGGAAAGAGCGAACGACUAAUGAAGAACAUAAUGAGGAA